UGCGCGUAUUGCUUCCAGGGAGACGUAGUUCGGUGGCCUCCAUCGCCGAUUGUCUCCAAUAGAGGCGAACUCAAUUUCCCAAGUGGCGCCGCGGAGGCCAGUCCGAAGUCGGGUUUUCCGGCCUACCGUAAGAGCUUACGUUGUGGUCUUCCCUGGGCUGUGUCUUGGGUAUCCACAGUGUGGGAAGCAAGGGCACAAGACGCCAGGAAGCCAGACCCCUGCAGCAGGCCAUGAAUAGGAGCCUGAGCUGGUCUGAGCAGCUCGACGCGCUUCUCAAUGCUACGGACCGAAAUGUGAGCAGAAUUAAGCAACGGCUGUAUCCACUUGGAGUCUCUACUGGGGCAGGAGACCUGGCUGGGACCUGGAUUUCCCCUCAUCACUUGCCUACCCAGUCAGGAAUCCAAGCUCAAAAGGCUUGGGCUCUAGAGGCUCCCGUAUUCCCAGAGAGGCUAAACUGGGCUGAGGCCCACAGUGCAUCUUCACUCUGGGACGAAGUUACUAUUCUUCGAUCCCAGCUUCGAUCCCAGGCUCAGGUGACUGAAGCACUACGGCAGGCUGUCCAGGGCCUGCUGGAAGAGCGAGAGCAGCAGAAGUACACUAUCUCUGCCCUGGAAGCAUCACUAAGAUUGCUGCAGGGGGGCCCAGAGCAAAGGGUCCUUCUCCUGGAGCAACGCCUGGAAGAGAUGAGAAGGGAACUGCAGGGCCUUCGAAGCCAGGUGCAGGAACAGGCCCGAGCCCAAAUACAGACAGGACCACAGGAGUGCAGUUGCACCAGUGGCCUUCACGAAGAGCUUCAGAAUGAGUGGCAACUGCUGUGCAAGGAGUCAGAGAUUCUUCGGGAGGACCUAAAGUUGCUUCGGGACCAGUUGAGCCAGCACCAGGAGCUGCUGCUGAAACAGAUGAAUGAGAGGCGGCAAGGUCAGGCCUGCAGCUGGAAGAUGUUGGAUCAGCUGCAAAGUGGCCUGGACGGCAAAGGUCACACCCUGGAGGCUGUCAGAACAGAGGUCCAGGAUGCCCGGCAGGAGCAUGACCUGCUCAGGACUUCCAUUCAUGUCCUCCAAUCUAAGCUUCCCUGACUGCCCACCUUCACCAUGUCGCUUUCUUCAUUUAGCUCUGAAGUCAGGCUUCUGGACAGUAACAGUAGCUGGGAACUUUUAAGGAAGCUAGGUGAGGGUAAAGCAGGAGGCUGAAUCUGAGUGGUGCCUGGACGCCAACUGCCUAAUUGUUUGACACUGGAUAGAAUGGGGUCUCUGUCUCUUUCUUUGGAAAUCCAUCAACCUCUGUUGCUCCUUAUCCAUCAGGCCUGUAUGUCCCUCCCCAACAUGGCCCAAGCCUAGGACCGUGUGUAACACAGUGCUUGCUGAUGAUUUGUUUUUUUUCCCCCUUUCUCUCCUCAUAGAUCUCCAGAGGCAUACCCUUUCUAACCCAGAGCCCAGCAGCUUUCAGCUCCAGGCCCAGAGCCUUGAGCAAGAGGACCUAUUCUUUA